GGCUUUCGGGGGCGGGCGAGGUGUCGAGAAGUCGCCAGUCGACUUCGAUUUUUCAAAGAAUGCUCGAGAGCAGAGGUGCUCUUACCCCUGGCCUUUGAGGCCGAAGUCCAGGGUCUCCACAUCCUUUGGGGGCCCCUAAAUCCUUUUUAGUCUGUCCUGAGCUGUGUGGUUGCCCGGAGAGCAUAAUGAUGCUUAAUUUGCAGGGGAGCGGUGCCUCCAAGGGCCUUUAGGUCCAGAGCCAGGCUGCAAAAUUACCUAGGCGCACCUUUGCUCGAGACGAGAGUCGAGAUACAUAGUCUUUCUAAUACAAUCCCCGCGCAAAACCUCCCCCUGAGCUGGUUCCGCCUCCAAUUCAAAUUUGAAACCUCAUCUUUUCCCGCCCGAAUUUGUUUUGAAAGUGUAGUGACGUCUAGAUGGCUGGACACGUCCUUCAGCCAAUAGUAGAGCUGGCUUCCCUAACCCCGCCCAGAGCAGGUUGCUAUUCAAAACAGUGCUUGGGGGCCGCCGAGCAAGCUCAAGAGGGGCAGAAUGGAUGUGUGAAACGGGUGCCCCGUUCUUGCGAGUCAAAAACAGCUCAGGCCUCUGUAGUGGUGGGCUCUGCGAAACCUUCAAAGAGGUGCUACUUACUGCCGGGCCGGUUCGAAGGGGCGGAAUCAGAACCUCGGAGCGCUCGAAGGGGCGGGGCUCGGGCCUGGGUUGGCUGCUGAAGGCUGUGGAUCGGUUACGGUGCAACGAAGUCUCGGUUCGGAUCCUUGUUGUCAUGGAGCUCAUCGCUAGCAACAUUCAGGUGCUGCUGCAAGCAGCGGAGUACUUGGAGCGCAGGGAGAGAGAGGCUGAACAUGGCUAUGCUUCCCUGUUGCCUCCCGGCUCGCAGGAGGCGUUACGGUCCCGGAGGAGGCCAAAGCCUCGGAAGGCCCUGAAAAGCCUCAGGUCUGUUCACAAUGAGCUGGAAAAGCACAGGAGGGCCCAACUGCGGCAGUGUUUGGAGCAACUGAAGCAGCAGAUCCCCACGAAUGCAGAGCGUUCACGUUACACAACCCUCAGUCUCUUACACCGAGCAAGGCUUCAUAUCAAGAAGCUGGAAGAGCAGGAGCAGAGAGCUCAGCAACUGAAAGAGGCACUACGAUGCCAGCAACAAAACCUGCAUCAGCGGUUGGAAGAGUUACUCAGUCACUCAAGCAUGGAGCGGCUGCGGGCAUACAGCCUAGAUUCCUCUCGGCUCUCUUCUGAACGCUCAGAUUCAGACCCAGAAGAUGCUGAAGUGGACGUGGAAGGUCUGGCAUUCAGUAGUGUGGAAGAGGACGUGGUGGCUGCCUUCAGCAGUGGGCAGGAGCACAGCUAUUCAAACACCAACGCCUCCUGGUUAUGAUGAACAGAAGCCUGGUUCUGUGGGCAGCUUUUAACUAGACAGAAUAAUCCAGCAAUUCAUGCAGGCAUUGAUGGAAGCUGGCUCUUACCAUGACACUGCUUGCUACAAGUACGGGAAGAAAAGAAGUCCCUCUUUUAAAAUAUGAAGGAUAAUGCUCAUAUUGCACUUCCCAUCAGAACCAGCCAGAGACUCCAUGAUGUAGGUGGUGGCUAGCCAUCCACUCUGCUACUCAGGAAGGCAAGGUUUUAAAGCACUUGACUGGUACUUGCAAGUUUUGCUAUGUCUUCGGUAGGUGUACUUCUCUCUCCUUCCCUGUGUCCCUGUUCAGGCCCUGUGUUUUUCCUGGCCCUAGUAAACAAGCUUGGACUGAUAAGGGCUAACAAAGGGCCAACAUAGACUAUAGUACUCUGACUCCUUCCACUUGUGUAGAAGAGAUGCUCUUAGGCUUUUUACCCAAGCUCCUGUGUCCCAAGUCCUUCCAUCUGAGUGGGAGGGACACGAAAUGGAUUUUGUUGCAAGAUACUUUGUUUGGAGUCAGUAACAGCUAGGGCCAUGGCUGACAGGCUCCUCUGCCACAAAACAAACCAGCAAGUACUUUUCCCCCCAGGAACACAACUCUCCUUUGUAACCCACCCACCCCACUCUGUACACAGCAGUAUUUUAGUAAAUAUUUUUAAUCACUUGC